UUGAUUAAUGGAAGGGAGAACACCUUGCUUUUGACCGUUUCUGUGUGCCGAAUUGACCAGAGUGUCACUCAAAAUUCUGAAUGUUUUGCUUUUAAUUGUUUUGCAGGAGGAACAGACCUGACUGGGAGCACAAAUCUCAUUACUCACUACAAUCUGGAGCAUGCUUAUAACAAAUUCUGUGGGAAGAAGGUGAAAGAUAAAUUGAGCAAUUUCCUGCCAGACCUGCCGGGAAUGAUCGAUAUGCCUGGGUCACAAGACAACAGCAGUCUGCGCUCUCUCAUUGACAAACAGCCAAUCUGUGGCAACUCCUUUAACCUUCUGACUGGCACCUUGCUGACCGGUUUCAGACUGCACACCGGCCCGCUGCCCGAACAAUACCGACUGAUGCACAUCCAGCCUCCAAAGAAGAAAAGCAAACAUAAACACAAGCACAGUCGGACCCAAGACCCGGUUCCGCCAGGUAGGUAACUGGGCAGUGGCUUGUGGGAUACAGG